AUGGCCCGCUUCUGUGCUCUCUGUCACUUGUCCUUCAGCUCCUCGCGUGGUUUCGCCCAUCAUCGCCGUAUUGUCCACCGCAACCCCAAACCCAGACCACCUCCUACAGUUCGGCACGAGCAUGUGGGCCUUUCUGCUGGCAAAUGCGACAGGAAUGGCGUUUUUCUUGGCAACCAGAACGUGCCUCCACCGCCGUACAAUGGCCCCAAUGGGUACUUUCCAUGGGAAGACCGGAUCGCCUUCGAGUUCACCAAGCUCACGUACAAGGAGAUGCAAGAGUCGGCCGGCAAUCUCGAGGAGAUUCUCCGGCUCUGGCAUGCAAAAUGCAUUCUCGAAGGAUGCCCGGAAGCCGCCCCUCCAUUCGAUAGCGUUGAUGAUUUACUCGACACCAUCGACCAGGCCCCCUAUGGCGACACCGGAUGGCGUGUCUUCCGUGUACGCUACACUGGUCCCAUCGAACCCAACUCCCCGUCCUGGAUGCGGAAAACCUACCUGUUCUACGCCCACAACACCCUCGCCGUUGCGGAACAGCUUGCUCAAUGUCCCGAGUUCAACGGCAAGUUCGAUUACCGCCCUUACACGGAGUACACCCAAGAUGGAACACGUCGCUUCUGUGAUCUAAUGUCUGGUCAGUGGGCGUGGAAGAAAGCGACGACCAUUGCACACAACGUCCCGGGGAGCUUGGGGUCAAUGCUCGUCCCCAUCGUGCUUGGUGCAGACAAAACCACCGUCUCAGUCGCUACAGGUAACCAGGAGUUCCACCCGGUAUAUAUGUCGCUCGGAAACAUCCAUAACGACAUGCGCAGAGCACAUCGUGAUAGCGUCGUCCCGAUCGCGUUCUUGGCGAUUCCUAAAGGCGAUCAUCACAACGGAGAUGAAGAAGAGUUCAGGAUCUUCAAGAAGAACCUCUAUCACACGUCGCUGGCAAAGGUACUCGAACCUCUUCGCCCUGGGAUGACGACUCCCCAUCCGAUGCGCUGCCCAGAUGGGCACUAUCGCCGUGCUAUCUUUGAACUCGGCCCUUUCAUCGCCGACUACCCGGAACAAGUCUACCUGUCAUGUGUCGUUUACGGAUGGUGUCCAAAGUGA